AUGCCUCUCUGCAAUCGCUGCAGAACCCUCACCAUCGACGAAAUCGUCGAUAACGACGUCCUUUUCCACUCUGAUAUCUGCGCGUUGAAGUCCAGUGCGGAGCGGGGAUGCGAGUUUUGCGUGCUCUGUUGGACAACCAUCCAGACCGCCAGUCGCACACAGCUGGACAAGCUUCUCAGCGGCAAAUCAGCUUGGCCUGAGGGUCAAGAAUGGACUCCGACGAUGUGGCUACGUGGCGGUCACUUCUUUGAAGCGGGCUCGGCGGGCGUCUAUAUCCUUGUUAGCUGUGGAAAGGCAACAUGGACCAGCGCAACGGAUUCAGACAUGAACGGUUCGCCCAGCGUUACGUCAAGACUUGAGGUCUAUCAGUAUGGAUUUGGACCAUCUUCUUUUCCCCGCUACCUGGGUGCCCAUCCAAAUAUCGCCUCCGCGGGCGACGAUGCACUGCGGAUCAAGAUCCAGACAUGUAUAUUCCAAUGA